AUGAAUCCAAUCACGACGAAACCGACAUAUCUCAACUACCGCGGAACACCCAACACGACGGGAGUCCCCUCUGGUAUCCGCACUGGCAGCCCCGCCUCGUCGGCCUCAGCACCCAUGCUCAACAGGUUGCCUUCGUCCAGCUCGAACAUUCCUACCAACCCUUCUGGCAACAGCAUCAUCCUUUACGUACCCAAUGUCGCGUCGCCCACACUAUCUCAACACCUCUCGGUUCUUCUCUCUACUCACCGCAUUGCCGCCGUACACUUGAUUGGCCGUCGUGAUGUUGUACUCAAGAACCUGCGCACCGAACUUUAUACCCUGGCUGGAAGGAUGAGGAGCGAUGUCCAAGUCUCAAUCUCGCUGACAGAAGGCGCAAAAGGUCUGGAGACGGCGGUUAGAGACAUUGGUGCCAGGAGGCAGAAGGUGCUGGGCGCCCUGGUCUGCGAGUGGGAUGAAUUGCCGGAAGAGGAGGAGCAGGAGAAGGAUGUCUUGACCAUCGAGACAGACGAGAUCGAGGCCAUCUGGAAGGUAGAUACGUUUCCGAUCACUGCAGGAUUGACAGCUCAGUUAACAUGUGACACUAGNGCUUCCGUCCUCCCGUUACACGCUCUGCUCCGCAACCUUCUACCUCUCUUUUCCAACACCACUACAGAAACCCCAUCCCACCCCUCGACCAUGCCAUUCAUCUAUCUCGACACCUCCACCCAACUCUCGACAUUCGCAACCACCUCGCGCGCCGCUCUCCUCUCCUCGCUUACAUCCUCUCCCGCUACCAAAAACAUCACCAUUGGCCCUGCCAGUGAAUAUCUCGUACCAGCCCCCGUCGUGUCAGACACACAGAGCAUGAGAAGCUUGCAGAUCGACAUCAGCAACGGCGCAAGCAGAGCCAACGGAUACUCAGCCGACUCUCCAGAGACCAGUCCCCUCUUCGGUGCCGAGAGCCCGACGAAACUGUGGGCCAGUUGGGCUGCCCAGUAUGAGUGA